CAUCUUACAGAAGUUACAGGAGCACAUCUUCAACCCUUUACCCGUGCGCACUGCGCACCUCUCCAAACCUGCACCGAUAGGGUCUUCCUCUAUUGAGGCUGAUAUAAACAGCAGAAAUCUCUCUCUCUCUCUCUCUCUCUCUCUCUCUCUCUCUAUAAAACCCUAACAACCGCAUCGAAUUCUUAUUUUCGUUUCCUAUCUUUCAUACACCUUCCGAUCUACAUCGAUCCGAUUUCGAUCGAACCGCACGUCCCGAUAACAGAUUCGAUCUCUCUAUCGAUCAAGAUAUCUGACGGCGGAGAUAUGGAGAGCUCGAGGACCGGUUCUCCAAGAGAUUGAAAAAUGCCCGGCCUCGCACAGAAGAAUGCCGAGUUCUGUAAUUCUCCCCUGUCGUCUGUCGGAUCGGUUUCGGCGAACGGAAUCUGGUCUAAGCACAGAGCUGAUAUCACCUUCGAUCAACUCCAAAAGUUUUGGAGUGAGCUGUCGCCUCAUGCCCGGCAAGAACUUCUUAAGAUCGAUAAGCAGACACUCUUCGAGCAAGCUCGGAAGAACCUUUACUGUUCUAGGUGCAAUGGGUUGCUGCUUGAAGGAUUUUCACAGAUUGUCAUGUAUGGGAAAUCUUUACAGCAGGAAGGUGCAUGUGUGCUCCUCACCAGCAAUCCCAGGGCAUCAAAAAACCAGAUUGAAAAUGGAUUGGAUAUGAUGUCUUCCAGCCGCCAAGAUGAUGCUCAAGAUCCAUCUGUCCAUCCUUGGGGAGGUUUGGCUGCGACCAGAGAUGGCAUAUUGACCCUUUUAGACUGCUUUCUCGAUGGGAAGUCACUCAUCGCUCUCCAAAAUGUCUUUGACAGUGCACGUGCAAGGGAACAUGAACGUGAGUUGCUUUACCCUGAUGCCUGUGGUGGGAGUGGCCGGGGUUGGAUAAGUCAGGGAAUGGUUAAUUAUGGCAGAGGGUAUGGAACCAGAGAAACAUGCGCUCUGCACACAGUCAGGCUUUCUUGUGAUACAUUGGUGGAUUUCUGGUCUGCACUGGGGGAUGAAACUCGGCAGUCUCUCCUACGAAUGAAAGAGGAGGAUUUUAUUGAGCGGCUCAUGUACAGGUUUGACAGCAAGAGGUUUUGCAGAGAUUGCAGACGGAAUGUUAUCCGUGAGUUCAAGGAGCUGAAGGAACUGAAACGCAUGCGGAGGGAACCUCGCUGCACCAAUUGGUUUUGUGUUGCAGAUACUGCCUUUCAAUAUGAGGUAUCUGAUGACACGGUCCAAGCUGAUUGGCACCAAUCCUUCACCGAUGCAGCUGGAGCAUAUCAUCACUUUGAAUGGGCUGUUGGAACAGGAGAAGGACAAUCUGACAUUUUGGAGUUUGAAGAUGUUGGUAUGACUGGAAGUGUUCAAGUGAAUGGCCUUGAUCUUGGUGAUCUGACCUCGUGCUUUAUCACAUUGAGGGCUUGGAGGCUAGAUGGUCGUUGCACUGAACUUACCGUGAAAGCCCAUGCAUUGAAGGGGCAACCAUGUGUACACCGUAGGCUUAUAGUGGGGGAUGGAUUUGUCACAAUAACAAAAGGGGAGAGCAUCAGAAGGUUCUUUGAGCAUGCAGAAGAAGCCGAGGAAGAUGAGGAUGAUGAUUCCAUGGACAAGGAUGGAAAUGAGCUCGAUGGAGAUGGCUCUCGUCCCCAAAAACAUGCCAAGAGCCCUGAACUUGCUCGAGAAUUUCUUCUAGAUGCUGCAACUGUUAUUUUCAAAGAGCAGGUAGAAAAGGCUUUUAGAGAAGGAACAGCCCGGCAAAAUGCACAUAGUAUAUUUGUUUGUCUUGCCCUGAAAUUGCUGGAAGAGCGUGUCCAUGUUGCAUGCAAAGAAAUCAUUACAUUAGAGAUGCAGAUAAAGCUUCUUGAAGAAGAAGAGAAAGAGAAGCGUGAAGAAGAAGAGCGCAAGGAGAGGAGAAGAAUAAAAGAAAGAGAGAAGAAGCUCCGAAGAAAAGAGAGGCUAAAAGGAAAAGAAAGAGAGAGAGAGAGAAAUUGCAGUGAAUCAAAGCAACUUCCAAAUGCUUUGAGGGAGUCAGCAAAAGAGUUAUCCUUGAACAAUCACGAGGAGGCACAUACCACUUUAUACUCAGGGGAUAUGAAUAGUGCAGGGAGAGAUAUUACAGUAGCCAGCACCUGUUCUUCUGAUGUCGUCGAUGAAGAACCCUCAAAUGGGUGCACCGAUUCAAAGCCAAAAAACCUAAACGAUGAAAGUUUACAGCAUCCAUGCAGUUUUGGUGGAGAGAUCAAUGCAAAGGAUGUAAAUUCUUUUACAAUUGAGCAAUCAAAAGCCUCUCGACGGAAAUCGAGAUUCAGGAAGGAUUCUCCACUAGAGCAGGCUUCGAGAUGGCGCGACAGACGGAGAUCUGCCGUGGGCAACGACUAUACCGCUCAGUUGGAUGAAUCUGAGCCAAAGGUACGUGGCUACAUGGCAACUUCUAGGUGUGUUAAUGGGCCAAACAGACAAUCAAGAAAUGGUACUGUGAAAACCAAUGCCAGAAACUGCAGCAUGAAGUUUGGUGACAAGUUACAAUGUUCCAACAACAGAAUACGUUACAGAUAUGGCGUCCAUUCCUGCAGCUGUAACCUGCAUACUGAUUACAGAGGAAAGGAGGGACAUCAUGUUUCUAUGAUCAGAUCGAGUAAGGAUUUCAGAACUCCGAAUAAGCCGGAAUCUUCAUUGGAGAGGCCAUUCUAUCGCAGCAGCAAGUACAACCAUGGAUGUUAUAUGUCUGAUAGCUGUGGAAUCCCAAAAGUCAAGCUUCUUACUGGCAAUCUUCAAUCAAUCAAGGGAGACGUCCUCCAUACAAAGAAAGUAUGGGAGCCAAUGGAAUCAAGGAAAAACUGCCCUAGAAGCAACUCAAACCCAGAUAUUACCUUGAGGUCUCCUACUUUCAAGGUUGAUGCAUGCAAAGGAGGUAUGGACGAUGGGAAUGAGAAUGGACACAACCCACGUGGGAAUGCAUGCAUGUCAUUUGAUGAGCAGCUAUUGUCUGAUUUUUCUGGAAAUUCAGGCAAAGGUGAUGCUUUGAAUGGUAGGAAGACAUCAAAUAGAUCUAAUCCAGGCAUGCAAAAUGGCUUCAAGAAUGGGUUUUGCCUGGGAAUGGAGUCCCUUUACUGCUCAAUAGAUGCUGCUGAUGAUUGUGGGUCAUGUCAUGUCAUUUCGACCCUUGCUGUGAAUAAUGCUUCCGACCCCUCAAUGAGCAAUUCUAGUUCAGAUAACUACUCAUCAUGCCUUAGCGAGGGAGACAGUUGUACUGGUUCUUCAGGUGCUCAAAAUGCAGAGUCUUUGUUGAUGUCUGAUUCAGAAGAUGCAAGCCUUCAAUCAGAAGGCAAAGAAAUUGCAUGUAGUGGAAGUGCGCCCAUUGAUUGCCGAGGUUUGGGGAUGGAUGAGAAGAAUAAGACAGGUGGGCAGAAGUCUCUCACUAGUGGAAUGGGUGCUGGGUUUCGAGCGGAGGCUAGAUGUAUGGUUCCAGGCAAUUUUCAGGGGGACCCACCCACAAAAGAUGUCCACCACUGUGACAAUGGCAGAAUCAUGGUUAAUAUGGGUUCCCAGCAGCACCAUGUGCUACCAAUGCAGAACCAGUGCAUACAUUUGCCUGUUUUCGGUGCUCCUAUGCCCAUGAAUUAUUAUCAUCAAAGUGCUGCUGCUUGGGCAGCAGCUCCUACUAAUGAGUUGGUGCCGUUUCAUCAGCCCAGUCACUAUCUGUACACUAGCCCACUUGAUUAUCGUCUGUCAGCAAACCAAUCAUCACAUUUCUGUGCGCAGUAUGGUCCUCUACAACCUCUAACCAAUCAUCAUACUCCGGUGGUUACCGUGGGCCAGCUUCCUUUGUACCAGAUGGAAAACAAAGCCAACAUUGUCGACCCAAAAGAUGACACCAAGAAUUGUACCCCAGGUGGAGCACGAGAAGCUGUUGGUGUAGCUGAUACGGCAUUGGCAGAGUGUCGUCAACCUCUUGAAAGGCCAUUUCGUAACAGACGGAUCCCACAAGAAGAACCGUCAUGUGGACAAGAUGGAAAUGUCCGGGACCUGCUCAAAUCCCAUAAUGAAGGUCCAACCUUUUCGUUAUUUCAUUUUGGUGGCCCUGUGGCAGUGGGUGCAGGUUUCUGCUUGAAUCAAGUGUCUCUGAAAAAUGAAGCUGCUGGUAAUUCUUCUUCAAAACCACCGGCAGCUCCCGUUCAGGGCGAAUUUGCCUGCUCUGAGAUGGACACAUCUGUUGAAGAAUACAGCUUGUUCGCAGCAAGGAAUAGAUCUCACUUUUCAUUCUUUUGACAAUCAAGUGAGAAACAGUGCCAAAGGCUGCAGGAAAGCUGAGUGGGCCACUAUUGCAUUUAUUACAGAAGUUUGAGAGCCGAUGCUCAUCUUCCCCAAGAAUUUACCAGUAAAUCAACCCCCCCCCAACAAAAAAAAUAAAAAAUAUUCUCUGAGAAUUUCAAUUCAGUCUAUAUUCAUCCCUGUUUGAUUCUCAUUCGUACAGUAGUUCUUAUUUUCCAUAUUGUAUUGAAAGGUAAAAAAAGGCGUGUGGCAUAAAACGUUUUUGUGUCUGAGGUUUUUCAGUAUUGAUGAAGCAUUUGAGGUUGAUAUAACAGUCAAUGUGGAUAGUUCGCAUGCGAAUCAGUCUCUUUACAAGGCUUAUUUCCAUCUUUCCUUUUCUCUGCCUUUGCUAUACGUGAGAGGUACCUUAGUUCUAAAGAUUAUACCAAUGUGAAUCUUGAAUUUGAAGUGGUUUUGGUCUUCA